AUGGGGUCUUGCCAAAGUCAAGAGAACGCAGAAGGAAACACGCGAAACAAAGAGAUCGAGAAGCAAAUUAAUGCGGACAAAAGAGCCGCCAGCAGCAUCGUCAAGCUUUUGCUUCUCGGUUUUCAAUCCUUUAUUCUCCCUGAUUAAUUAGUUUGGUUUUUCAAGGAGCUGGAGAAUGUGGAAAGUCUACUGUUCUGAAACAAAUGCAGUUAGUUCAUUUCUUUUUUUUUCUUUUCAAGGUCGCGUUUGAAGUAUUUUUGCGAAGUUCGUAAUGACCUCUAAAUUUCCAGAAUUUUAGUCGACUUUUUUCCUCUUUGACGAUCGUCAAUUGCAGAAUUUUGCACAGCAACGGAUUUUCUGAGGAAGAAAUCAAUGAGAAACGAGCCAUCGUCUUCAAUAACACAGUUUCUUCGAUGUGCACGAUUCUGAAGGCGAUGGACGGCGUCUUGCAUUUGCCGCUGGAAGAUUUGCAGAAAGAGGUUUUUUUUCAAUAAAGUUUCUUUUUGUUAUUUCUUUAUCAAUCCUUCAUUGAAAUAACAGGGAAAACUCUUCUAGAGACCAGAAAGUUGUUCAAAUACCUUAUAAAGUAAUGAAGGAAAAAAUUUCCACUGGCACAAUAAGCACGGCAAUGAAAUUGCUCAAAUAGAAGUUCAACGUGCAUGAAGCUUUAUUUUAUCGACUUUUCAUCAACAAUCGUGGUUUGGAAUAUAUACUUGGAAAAUUGAAGAGCGACAAGGCGAUUGUAAUGCGAGUCCAAGAGGCCGGAGAGGAAAGUGAACCGCUGACAGAGGAAGUCUCGCGGGCUGUUCAGUCGCUCUGGUAUUUAUGUUACUUGUUAUUUAUUUUACUUCAAAUUCAUCUUUAUUGAAUUUCAUUCUGUCCAAACUUUAUGGCUGAGGCGCUCCCAUGACUUCAAAUAACACUGGAAACAGAUUUUUCUCUCGGAGACCUUCAUGAAAUUCAUCCAUAAACUUCCAAACGCCUUAGAAAAAAUUGUUGAACGGACCACUUUAUAUUUUCAGAUUAGCGAUUUCCUUGAGAACUUCCAAUUUUCCAGGAGCGAUCCAGGUGUGAAGAAAGCUUUCGAAAUGCGCAGUGAAUACCAGCUUCCCGAUUCGGCGAAAUAGUCCGUCUUUCCUUUUUUUCCACUUUUUACCAACUUAAAUACUAUUUUAAGUUUCUUGGACAAUUGCGCGAGGAUCUCCGAGCCAGGGUAUCGGCCCAGUGAACAGGAUAUCCUCUACUCCCGAGUCGCUACAACGGGAGUCGUCGAAGUCAAGUUCAAGAUUAAGGAACUCGACUUUAGGUAAACCUUUCUCAUAGAACUUUCAAGAAAUGAGAACUUUAGGGUUUUCGACGUGGGAGGUCAGCGGUCAGAAAGAAGAAAGGUGAACUGCAAAAUUAGUUUACGCUCUUAUUCUCCGGAGUCGAUAUUUUCAGUGGAUCCAUUGUUUCGACAACGUCGAGUCGAUCAUUUUCAUCACGGCCAUCAGUGAAUACGAUCAAGUCCUUUUUGAGGACGAGAACACGGUUUCAAUUGAUCUUUAUUACUUAAAAAGCUGCUAAUUCUGUAGAAUCGAAUGGUCGAAUCCAUGCAGCUUUUCAAUUCGAUCUGCAACUCGACUUGGUUCAUCUCCACGGCCAUGAUUCUUUUCUUGAACAAAAAGGAUUUGUUUAUGGAGAAAAUCCAGAGGGUCAACAUCACUACCGCUUUUCCGGACUACGAAGGUUUGCACUGAUUUUUCCAAUCCGAAAAAUAGGAAGGGAGAAUAAAAUUAAUCGCGUUUCGUGUACAAAAUUGUAUACAAAUUUAGUUUAAUUUCUGAGAAUCGAAACUCCUCGAAGCCCCAUAAAAGAUUUGACAAUUUUCCAAUGCUGGAUGUAUCUUAUAAUUGCUCCCGACUUUGAACGGCUUUCUUCCUAUGAUCAAGGAUGUAGUUGUUCGCGAAUUUUUCGUCCACAGAGCUGAAACAGUAAAGUCCUCUAGAAUAGGUACUGAUGAGCGAAACGCUAUCACAAUGUAAGAAACAGACUUAAAUAAAUUUUUGUAUAAUUGAUAUUAGUAGUCAAAAAUUGGAUUCAAAAACGGCGAAAAAAAGGCAAAAUAUUUCUUUUUAAAUUUCUAACUUUUUUUCAAGUUUUUUUAAUUUCACAUAACUUCAAUCAAUUAUUCUAUUAGAAAUAGCUCGAGCGCAUCAGUAUUUCGAAAGGAAAGUUUAGGAUUUAAAAUAUUUUUUGAAAAAUUUUACCGAUUUCUUCCUAAUUCCAACCUUUUCAGGUGGUCAAAACUACGACGAAGCCGUUUCUUUUAUAAAAGUGAAAUUUGCUGAACUGAAUCUGAAUCCCGACAAGAAAACGAUCUACAUGCACGAGACUUGCGCCACAGACACUAAUCAGGUUUCUUCUUGGAUUUGCAGAGCGGAUCGUUCUGAAUCUAGCUUGUUCAGAAAAAAAAAAUUUUUUUUUGUUUCAAAAAAAUUACUUUCGAAAAACUACCUUGGUAAAGCUGAAAAAAUCUUGAAAAAAGGCAGAAUUUUAACUAGUUUCAUUUUCUACUUUAAAAUCUAUGGGACACCUCAGAACUUCAUGAAGAGACCAUGCCCACAUAUUGAGGCUUUCUUAAAAUGAAUACUAUCUUCAUCUCCGCAAGCUUUCAAAAGUUUAUAUCAAAAUAUUCAGGUUCAAUUAGUCAUUUCGAGUGUGAUCGACACGAUCAUCCAGAAGAACCUGCAAAAGGCCGGCAUGAUGUGA